UACUAAAAAUAAUAAUAGCCGAAAUUUAAAAUGUUAAGAUGUAAAACAUAUGAUGUGCUUCAUAUGUUUUAGAUGUAUUCUUAGGAAUGUCAAAAUAACUAGCAACUACAGCAAACAGAUACAUUUAUAUGUUUCCCUCUGAGUAUACUGACCUAGAAGCAUAAAGAACUAUAAGUUGUAAUUACACUUUGCUGAGAGGAAACUGUUGUUUUGACUUGUCAAUACUCUUGAAAAUGGAACUGGUUGUGUUGCACUAUUGGAUGAUUUAAUCUUGUAACUCAAGGAAGUUCCUUUAUAGAAACGCAGAACUCUUACAGCCCUCUGAUUACUCACCCUCCUGUUUCCACCAACAUCCCUCCAAAAUCAUAGGUGUAAUUCUUAAAAGAGCUUUGAAAAUAAUUGCAAUUCUAUAUAUCAUAAUCCCUGAUGGUGGUGCCAUAGUUACAAUUCUCCAUUUAAAAAGUUAAAUUCCAAAGUUAAUUUAAAAAGUCAGUUAUACAGAUGCAUAGCAAAUUAAAGGAAAAAAAUAAUAAAUGAGUGGAGAAGCAUAACGAAUGCAGAUGCUUCCACAGAGAGCACGAGUGUAAUAGUUUGAUGAGUGGGAAAAUAAUGCAAAUCCUAUGUUAUGGUCAUCCCAGUCACCAGAUCUCAACCCAAUUUAAAACCUUUGAGAUUUUGGAGGGAUGUGGAAGAAGGUUGUUCAUCCCUCCAAGAGAGUUUAGAGACUUGUACAAUUUAUGCCAAGAAGCUUUGAAGCUCUCCUGUGGGCUUGUGGUUGCCCAAGACCUUACUGACACUUACAUUAUUUUUGUUUUUAAUUUGUCCCCCAUCUGUGUUACAGUUGUGUAAAAAAGUUCUGUCAAAUUUGUGAUGGCAUUUUGUAUUUAUCUUACUCUAAAUUCAACUCUAUACAGGAUGUUUUUUCCCCUCUAUUUGUCCAAAUUAAAUACAAGAAAAUUGCAAAUUUCUCAUCACAGGCAAUGACCUGAUACAUUUUCCAGAAACUUUUAUAUAAAUUAAAGGCCAUCAACUGGUGAUUAAUCUGUGGAAACAGGACUCAUGUCCUUGUAAUUUUAUCAUGUUUAUGUUUGAUUGUUUCAGAGAACAAUGAUGAGAUUUCUUUUAGGUGUUGGGAUCCUUUUUCAAGGGUGUGAUUCAGAUGUGAAAUGCAGGAAUGACAACGGAAACGAGGUAUAUUUUAUACAAGUUGCCCCCUGUGAAUGGUGACGGUUUGUCGUAUCUGUACAUGGAUGAGAAAACCAACGGAUGGAAACUCAGCAAAGAGAAAAUCAACAGUAAAUCUGGCACUCUGGUGAACACUCUGAAACCUCUUCUUGACUUCUACAACAGAAAGAUUGAAGACUUUGGAUACAUGCUCUAUAAUGAUCAACCUCCAGAUCCAUAUGUUGCUCCUGCAUCAUUUGGCCACAGUAAAGGAGUCGUGAUGUUGGACAAACAAACUGGAGUUUGGCUCUCACACAGUACACCAAAAUUUCCAAAAUAUCACAGCAAAGACUUCUGGCCAACCAGUGGAAACGCCAAUGCUCAAACAUUUAUGUGUGUGACUUACUCCUAUGGUGAAUUCAAAGAAAUAGGAUUACAGCUCCAGUACAUCCAUACUUAUUCAUAUGACUCAGACAUCCCGAAAACCUUUCACAAUGAGCUGCGAUGUGUUGCACAGCGAAGCUGCUACCCAAAGAAGGAACCCUGGUUUCGUGUGAUGACACUGACUUCAAAGGAAGGACGUGAUUUCACCAGUUUUGCAAAAUACAAACGUUUUGGGGAUGAUCUUUACUCUGGCCUUAUUGAAAACUCUCUGGAGCAGAAUCUGUAUGUCAAGAGCUGGGGAAGGAUGCGUCGCCCUCUGCCUUCUAACUGCAGCAUCCCUCAUCAUGUGUACAAUGUGAAGGAAGUAAAGCCCCUCAACAUGCAGCCCUUCAGUGAUACUGUAGAUCACUCCAAGUGGUGUGUGACGCCUGAUGGUGGCCUAGCCUGCAUUGCUGAUAUGAACAGGGAAGUGAGUCAGAUGAACAGAGGUGGAGGAGCAAUAUGCAUCAAUGAUGUUGCAGUUGGGAGUGCUUUCUACACACUGAUCACACAGUCUGAACCAUGUAAAAGUCCACAUUCUGAUGCUCAACACAGAGAGCUUUAAAAGGCACAACCCUUUAUCAAAAUGUAAAGAAAAGUGUGGAGAACACUGGAGCCUGAUGUCACUUCCAAAAACAGACUACAUCAUUACAUAUCCAGACUUAAAAUUGUUGUGAGCUUGACAUUUUAGAAGUUUUACACACCAUGUUUUGGUGUAUAUUAACUCCUGUCUUUUGUGUUCUGUAUUAUGUAUUUUAAUUAUUGAAAAACUGCAAUGUUUUUGCUUUCAAAAUCAUGUCUUAAGCAUUAACUUCUAUACAAUCAGGCUAAUUAAUUAAUUAAAUCAUGAAAAUGAAAUAAAUUGAAAUUAAUGAUUAUAUCCAUAUAAAAUUACAAAUUCUAUGUUACUGCAUGUGUUUUUCUGUUAAUGAGCAAUUAGCCCUCUGUCAGCCAUGGACAAACUGUUUUGGGGUCCCUGGGUAAAAAUGCUGGGCCCCUUUAAACUCCAAGAUCUUCCAA